GUUUCCAACAAACGUUCCUUUUGGGUUGUGGCCUGGCUGGAGUCAUAUACUCUCCAUUAUCUCAUUUUUAUUUCGCAACUUAUAGCGCCCAGAGCUUCCUCGCCAUCUUCCAAAAUGAAGGUUUUCAAGGAUAUUUUGACCAAUGAUGAGAUGUUCACUGACACGUACCCCAUGGAGGACAUCAGUGAUGCCUUCUACAUGGUCAAGGGCAAGAACAUCACAGUUGGUGCUGAAGAUAUUCAGAUCGAUGGUGCAAACCCUUCGGCUGAGGAAGCUCCUGAAGAAGGUGGAGACGCCACGUCCACAUCUGGCGUUGACGUUGUGCUGUUCAUGAGACUACAGGAGACUGGCUUUGCUUCAAAGAAGGACUUCCUGCUCUACCUGAAGGGAUACCUCAAAUCUCUGAAGGAAAAGCUACAGGAGAGCAACCCCGAUGCUGUGGAGAAGCUCCCCGGCAUCCAGAAGCCUCUUCAAGACAUCCUUAAGAACUAUAAGGACCUUCAGUUUUUCACCGGCGAGAGCAUGAACCCCGACGGCAUGGUGGUGAUCAUGGACUACAAGGACUUCGAUGGCGAGGAGAGACCUGUGCUCUACUUCCCCAAAUAUGGCCUUCAGGAGGAGAAGUUAUAAGCCAGCUCCACCUUAUGCUCUACCAUUAUAACUGCUGGUAUGUAUUUGCGUUAUCU